AUGGCUGCCCAGCUAUCGCUCGUCCACGGCCCGAAAGAGCCCGAGCUCCUGAUAAAUACAACUUUAUGCGAUCUCAUUCACGAACAGGCGGGUCGCUACGGUGAUCGUGCGGCCGUGAUUGUCCCCUGGCAAUCCGUCCGACUGUCCUAUCGCGAUCUUGCGACUCGAAGUAAAGCGGUAGCAAAGGCACUAUUAGAGACGGGUCUCCAACACGGGGAUGGCAUAGGGAUCAUGGAUGGGAACAGCUCCGAAUACGUGGAGGUCUUCAUGGGGGCAGCACGAAUUGGGUGUCCGGUUGUCGUACUGAACAAUACGUACACCCCGGAGGAGUUGAAGAACGCUGUACACCGAAGCUGUUGCACGCUGGUCUUCAUUGCACCUAGUAUCGGAUCUCGAAGCCUAGCUGGCCAUAUCGGGGUUCUCCGUGGUCAUCAAGACCGCAACCCAGAGCUCCCAAAGCUUCGAGGGGUGGUUUGCUUGAGGGGGGAUGUUGGCGGUGCGCGAGGUGUCAUGUUAGAGUCAUAUGCACAAUUCACGGUGAGGGGCAGUACAGUGCACGAGGGAGAUGCGCUGCUUGCACAAGCAGAGCGGGGCCUUGCACCGGAAGAUGUGCUGAACUUGCAGUUCACAUCCGGUACGACUGGCUCUCCAAAAGCCGCUAUGUUAACCAACAUCAACAUCAUCAACAAUGCACGUUUCGUCGGCAACGCCAUGCGCCUCACCCCGCAGGAUGUCAUCUGUUGUGGCCCGCCUCUAUUCCACUGUUUUGGCCUUGUAAUGGGUCUGCUAGCCUCGUUCUGCCACGGAAGCUCUAUCCUCUUCCCUUCCGAUCAUUUCCGCGCCAGCAGCAUUGUGGAUGCCGUCAUGAGCGAGGACGCCACGGUAAUCCUAGGAGUGCCUACGAUGUUUCUAGCAGAAUUGGAGGUCAUUGCAAAAACAGGACAGCGACCACGACGCCUCAGGACGGGGCUCGCAUCGGGAUCAGCAGUGUCCCAGAACCUGAUGCACCAGCUGCGUGAGCUGAUGGGGUGCGAUAAGAUGCUGAUUGCCUAUGGAAUGACAGAGACAAGCCCGGUGAAUUUUAUUACAUCGUUGGAUGACCCGGAGGAGAGGCGGACAGCCACUAUUGGGAGGGUGAUGCCUCAUACCGCGGUGAAAGUAAUUGACCAGAACGGCAGGAUUGUGCCCCGGGGUCAGAGAGGUGAGCUGUGCGUCAGCGGCUACGCGUUGCAGAAAGGAUAUUUUCGAAAUGAGAAAAAGAUGAGGGAGGUGAUGAGGAGGGAUGAAAAUGGGGUGCUCUGGAUGCACACCGGAGACGAAGUCAUGCUGGAUGACCAGGGAUACGGACAUAUCACCGGUCGUAUCAAGGACAUUAUUAUCCGAGGGGGGGAGAAUAUUUUCCCCCGUGAGAUUGAGGAUCAGCUGAUGUCGCACCCCUCGAUCAGUGAAGCCAGUGUUAUAGCCAUUAAGGACGAGCGAUACGGAGAGGUUGUUGGAUGCGUCUUGAAAGCUGCUGUGGGGUGCCAGAGAAUCUCGGAUCCCGAAGUCACACAAUGGGUCAGUGACCGGCUCGGUCGUCACAAGACCCCCCAUCAUGUGUUCUGGUUGGGAGAGCGUGGAAUGGGAGACGACUUUCCCAAGACUGGCAGUGGAAAGCACCAGAAGCACCUCCUGCGGGAGAUUGUGAAUCGGCUGGUAAAAGAGCGGCAUAUUGGAGCCAGACUGUAG